GACUAGCGUUUGUGGUUUUAACUUUCAAGAUGUUUAGAAUGAAUAAUUAUUUAAUUUUUAUUGAUAUAUUUUGAUAUUGUAAAACUUUGCUUUUAUAAUUCGUUUGUUUACAUAUUAUCGUAUUGCAAACUAAUCACACAGACGUGACUAUCUUAUGAGGGAAUAGAAAUUGCAAUGGGUGACAGCUCAGACAGCAGUCCCAAUAUUAUAAUUGAUGACCAUUCAACCAACAAUGCCUCAGAGACUCCUUCGCCUCCGAGCCCAGACAUUCUGGAAGACAGCUCUCACUUAAAUGAACCUUCUCCAGGCUAUGAGCCUUCUUCACCACGCUAUGAGCCUCCUUCAUCACGCUAUGAGCCUCAUUCACCACGCUAUUCUCCAAUCUAUGAGCCUUCUUCUCCAGUCUAUGAGCCUUCUUCUUCACUGAAUUCUAACUCACAAAGUUAUGCUGUUAUGACCUCUCUUUAUCGGCCUGCUGCACUUGAAGUACAUCUUGAUUUACCCAUUUAUGAACCUGUAAAUCCUUCCAAUAAUAUUUAUGUUGCUAUACCAUGGACUUAUGAAUCGAGAAAUUUAGAACAAUCAGAAGAUAGCAAUCCAGUUAUAGUUAAUGAAGAAUCAAGCAGCUCACCUCAAGAUAUAGUUAAGACUUAUGAGAAUUAUUCAGAGCCACCUGCAAAAAUAAGACGUUUAAGUUCCCCUAAACAAAAUGAUGACUGUGAUGGUGAAACUUGUCCAAUAUGUUUAGAUACCUGGGGAAAUUCAGGUGACCAUAGACUGGUUGCACUCCGAUGUGGACAUUUAUUUGGAGCAAAAUGUGUUGAAAGGUGGCUCAAGACACAGGUGUCUAAGAACAGAUCUUGCCCUACAUGUAAACGUAAAGCAUCUAUGAAAGAUCUGAGAUUUAUUUAUGCCAGACGAUUAGUUGCAGCAGAUACUACACAAAUAACUGCUCUUCAAAAACAAAUAGAAAUCUUACAGUCUGAGAAAAACAGAGUAGAAUUAGAGCUUCAAACUUCAAAGAUAGCACAUCGUUCGAGAUUAUUAGAGUUAGAAGUCUUGAGAAAAGCAUUACUGAAAAAACAAGUCAAUAAAGAGGAGACGCCACGACGAUCAUGGCGGUUUGCUUUAGAAAAAAAUUUGGAAAUAUGUAAAGAUGGUGAUUGUCGUGUGCUUACAUACAAUUGUCGAACAUAUGAACUGUACAUAUCACAAAAAAGUUCUAACUACUUGUUUCCUGGUUAUGGAAUCAGAAAAGUAAGUUGUGUUGACUACAAAUUGGGACAGUUUAUGCACUUGCAUCCUAAACCAAUCAGAGAUAUUACAUAUUCUCAACCUAGAGAUUUACUUUUGAGUGCUGGUUUAGAUGGUUGUGUAAGAAUUGUGGAAAGAGGAAUACCCAGCUCCACUAUUAAGUGUGGGGUACCUUUGUGGUCAUGCUCAUGGGACAAUCUAAGAAGCAAUGAGUUCUAUGUUGGGGGUGUAGGAGGUGUCAUUUGCCAAUAUGAUGUUCGUAAUCCUAAUACUUAUAUAAAUAAAGUUUCAAUACCUGGAGAUCUUUCACCAGUUGUAUCACUAUGUUCAACAGAAUUUGGACUGUUAUCAUGCCAAUUAAACUCUUGUAAUUUGUGGAGUGUGGGUAGUACAAGACAAUGGGAGCCACAUCCAUUGCCAGUAGAUGGUCCUUUUAUGUCACUGUGUUAUAAUGGUGCAUCCCAUCAAGUGUUGGUGUCAGGUAGGGCUAGUGGGUCAGAAAGGUCAAAGUUGACACUGUGUAAGUUAAAAUCAAGUUUUAAAAGUGAUGAAGUGUCAUUUGAUGUUGAGCAUACAUUCAGUGGAUCUUCUCGAUCAUUAACAAUGUCUCGUGCUGCCUGGGUAACAGCCCCAGGAGCAACUUGGGUGGGUGCUCAUUCAGAAAGUGAGUCUGCAUUAUUUUUACAUGGACUGGAUGGAGCCCGGACUAUGUCUUUGCCUGCAGCUGAACCUGCAUUAGAUGUAUGUGCGGCCCAACUAAAUGGUGACACGGUAUUAGCAGCGCUCUCAGCCUCUCGACUUAGAUUGUACAAAGCAGUUUCAACAAAUUCCUGACAGAAAGACUACUGCACAUUGUAAAAGCUAUUUUGCAUUUAUUUAUUGAUUAGCUUAGCAUUUAAUUACAUUAAUCAUCUUCUAUGACUGUGUAAAUUUAAUUAAUGUUAGAGAUAAAUGUUUCAUAUUGUUGGUUCUGAAUUCUGAUUAGUUGCUAUUAAGUGUAUAUAUAAAAACUGCAGGUUGUAAAUUAAAUAGCUUUGUUGUAUAUCAGGCAAGCUAAGCAACUGAUUCAUUGAUUGUCUAUAGAUAUAGGUUGUGUAUAGAAAUAUUUAUAGACCACCAAAUAUUAUAACCAAAAUUAUUUGGUAUCCUGAAUAAAGUACAACAAAGACAAUCUAAGAUGCUUUUAUGACAUCAGUCCUAAAAUAGUAAGACAGUAAUAGGUUUCUUAAUUUGCCAUAAAUACCUACUGUGAAAUCUUCACUCAUGUCAAUAUUGUAUGAUGAAGUAAGACAUCAGUAUAUUAAAAUGCUGUCAUAGACUCAUAAGUGGGACUUAAUAAUAUGGACUUAAAGAUACAGGCCAGUAUAACAUCAAAAAUACAAAGUCAAAUACGACUAGCUCUUGUAAAUGCAAGUGUUAAGGGGAUUAGACGCAUAAAUUGACCUUAACUUUUUUUAAGUUAUUUUUUAGAUUACCUCUGUGCUUUCUGUAUAUUUACAAUUCCAAAUGCUACACAACAAUCCUUUUAGUUAACUGUUACCACCCAUUUAAGACAGACUUUUUGUUAGUAGGUACCUACAUACGUCAUUUUUGUAUUUGUUUUGGAAAUGGCCUUUUGUAAAAGCUUUAAAAUUGUGUGUAAUAAAUGUUUUAAUUCAGUCUUAAAUUAUAUAGCUACAGACUGCUGCAAAGGAAAAAUACCUCAUAUAUAAUAUUAUGUAUGUUUGUAAAAAUGUGAGCUAAACUGGUUGAGGUGUCAAAUUGUGGUGGAAAAGACUAAAAAAACUAUAAUUUUAAAGUGUAGUGAUCUUUUUAUGAUGAAUGAAGGUGUAAUGAUCUUCAACAAGAUCACUUCGAACUAUAGAACAUACGAACCACUCAUAAAGCUAUGCCUUUAUUUCUUAUAUUUAGUACUAGCAGUUUCCCGCCCGCUUCGCUGGGCGAAUUAAAAUAGGAAAUAAAUAAAAUUUUAUGUUUCA